AUGUCUGCCGGUCUGAACCCGAUGGAUCACGAGAGCUGGGCGGAAAUAAAACCCUCUAUACUCGAUCUCCUUCGUUGUAUAGAGAAGGAACAGGUGGCUCGGAGGGAGAAAGCCAAAGAUGACGAUAACAGCGAUGAAGACUGGAACGAAGAGUGGGUAGGUGACGAUGGGAGUGCCGAUGAAGCACUCGGAACCGAUGCCGUCGACAGUGACGGUUAUUGA